UUUUAAGAGUGUUAAGUAAAAUUUGUAAUGUGCAAUAUUUCAACACGUUUAGAUAACUUAAAUCAACAACUUAUGAUUAUUUCUAAAUUACAAAACAUGGAAGAAGAAUGUAACAUAUGCUCUAUUCCAUCAUGUAAAAAGUGCAGUAUACAUAACUUUGGUAAACUGUACCAUUGUGCCCAUCACAUUUUAUCUUUUAAAGAACAAUGCAAUAAAUUUAAUGAUAAGUGCAUUUCAUAUAAUGACAGUAAAAGGAAGAUACCAUGCAAUUCAAGAUCAUGUAAAACACGUAGAAAAUUACUUCUCUGUAGAGAUAUUAAAUUAGCUGAAGUUCAAACAGAUUUAAAAGAUGAUAUACAAGUAUCCAAAGGUUCAACUGUUAAUACUAAAAAUAAUACAAUUAGUCAGGACCAUUUACAAGUGCCAGAGAAAUCACAUAAAUCUAAUCAAAUAAGUUUAAACUCACAAUCGUUUAAAACAUCUGUUACCGAUAAAGUAGUUGAUACAUAUGAAGAGAAAAAUGAACAAACCAUUCCUACCAAAGAUAAUUCGCAUACUGAAGCAAGUACAAAUAAUUCAAAUGGAAGUAUUAUGCAACUUGAGGCACCAAGUAAAGAAACAGCUCAAACUGAAGUGGAUAGAAAUUUUAUCGAAGAAAAUAAUGGAUUAAAGGAAUUCUAUUACAAUCCUGAAGAUAUUUACAGAGACAUAAAUUCUUUUGAAAGAAUUCAAAAGGAGCUCUUAGAUGAAAGAAGACGUACCGUACAAUUAGAGAAAAAAUUAAAAUCUUUGACCUGUAACUUGAAAUGCUUGAAAGAAGAACAAAGGGCAGCUUGUUUAAGAAAUGCAGUAGAAACAACAGACCAAGAAAUUGAAGUUGCAGUCAAAGAAUCAAAAGCUGAGACAGAUUUAGUUAGAAAUACAGAAGAACAGUUACUGAAUGAAAUCUCGAGAUUACAACAACAGAUAAUUGAAGUUGCGCAUGCAAAUACCGCCUUGUCCCAAGAACGUGAUCAUUUAAAGAACAAGUUACAAUCUUACUCAGAGGAAGAAACUAGACGGUGUGAAGAGGUUGAGAGGGAAGUAAAUCGAAUGAAACAAGCAGCAAAAGAGAAAGAAGAUGCUGUGAAUACAGAAAGAACAGAAUUCAUGGACAUGAUUAUGGAACUUACAAAUGUAAUUAAGAUACAGAAGAGAAGGAUAUGUGAAGUAACUGGUAUAUGUAAUAAUCAACAACAUACAUUGCAAGAGAGGGAUAAAGAACUACUUGAAAAGAACAGUGCGCUGUUAGAAGUAAAACAGAUGUUGGAAUCAAGUAAUUGCGUUUGUAAAGAAUUGGAAGAAAAAAUAGAGGAUCUGAAGUACGGUUUGUGCGAAGAGAGAAAAGCUUGUGAUUGCCUUAAACAAGAACUAGAAACUCUUACAGAAAAUCAUUCUUCUGAAUUAAGAAUAAAAGAAAAGAUCGUUGAAGAACAAAACAAAACCAUAUCAAAACAAAAAAAGUUAUUGCAUGACAGUGAAGAAAUGGCACAGCAAGUUGCUUGUGAAUUUGAUCAACUCAAAGAUGAAUUGCAUAAAGAAAAACAGAGAAACAAAUCGUUGCAAUUAACGCUGGAUAAAACCGAUACCGAAUUAAAUAAUGCGUAUCUAUCACAAUGUGAACAAUGUAGAAAAUUUAUAGACGAAAUAGAUUACUUGAAGAAAGAAAAACAGAGGGCAUUAACAGUUGCAAAACUUGCAUAUCAAAAAUUACAUCAGUCUAUUAAACAAUAUCAGACAAAACUUGUUUAUGAAAGGCAGCAGUAUAGAUACAUGGUAUCUAUUGUUAACAAAAAAGAACAAGAAAUAGGAUGUUUAAAAAAUCAAAUAUGUCAAUAUAAUGGAAGAUCUCUUAAAAAUGUUAAUGGUUAUAUUACGUAA